GUCUGAUAAGAAACCCCUGCCACUGCCGAGUCCCCAGGGGACGGCCCGGGUCCGAGUGCGGUUACACUCGCGUUUCCCAUCGCAGCACUAAAGCCACCCGCGUACAUGAAGUGCAGACAUUGCUUCAGCAAAUGCAGGACAAAUUUCAAACCAUGUCUGACCAAAUAAUUGGAAGAAUUGAUGACAUGAGCUGUCGCAUAGAUGACCUGGAGAAGAACAUAGCGGACCUUAUGACGCAAGCAGGAGUGGAAGAAUUAGAAGGCGAGAACAAGACUGCUGCUACUAACAAGAGUUAA